AUGUCUCUUUUUGUUAAUUUUAUCAAAUUUGAAGUAUAUUUACUUAUUUUAGUAGCUUGUUUAAGUUUGCCGACAAUACCUACUGGAAUAGGAAUCUUAAUCUUAACUUCGAUAGCUAAAUCAUAUUCAUUCAAUGUUCAUAGUGAAUUAAAGUUUGAUUUAUUUGCAUUUAUAUUAUCGUAUUUAUUAAACGUUUAUGGUGAAUUAAAGCGUUAUUCAUUUAUAUCUAUAGAAUCAUAUCCAUUAAAUGUUCAUCGUAAAAUAAAAUUUGAUUUAUUUACAAAAUCACAUUUAUUACAUAUUGGUGAUAGAUCAAAAUUUGAUAAUGAAAAUAAUACCGAAGAUAUUUUGGUAAUUGUUCCUGAUAUUGUUAAUAAUUCAUUAUUUGAUACUGAAAUGACUUGUGAGAAAAUUCAUAUGCUUCUUAAGAAAAAAUCUUUAAUAAUUACUGAUGCUUCAAAAAAGCAUACAGCUAAGUGCUGGAAACGUUUUGGAUUUCCUGCUGCUACUAAUAAAGAUGGUGAUGUCAUCAAGAUAUUUCAUAGUUUUGUUUCAUGUCAAACCUGUUUUACUACAUAUUCGUUUAAAUCUAACAGUACAACUUUAAUGAACGGACAUAAAUGUAAUGAUUCAUCAUUUUCAUCUUCAGUAAUAAACUCUCAAAAUCAUUCACAAUCUUUGAAACAAUCAAAUAUUUUUUCUUAUACUUCAAAAACUGUUCAAUCUGUUAAACUUAAAGAAUGUGAAAAAAAUAAAAUAAAGAAGUUACAGGCUGAAUGGGUAUGCACCAAUAUUCGUCCUUUUUCAGUCGUCGAUGAUAGUGGUUUACGAUCUCUUGUUCAAGAAUGUAUUUCACUUGGUGCAAAAUAUGGAAAUAUUUGUGUGGAUGAUGUUUUAUACAGUAGGUUUAGUAUUUCAUCACAUAUUGCUGGAUUAGCAGAUGAAUGUAGAGCUAAAGUUCGACAAGAAUUAAUCGAACCCUUAGAAAAUCAAGCUGUAACUGUAUGUCCAGAUUUAUGGACAGACCCAUACCGUCAAAUUUCGUACUUAGGCAUAUCUGUAUGCUUUACUAAUGAUAAAUAUCAAUUUAUUACUUAUGAUCUUUGUUGUGCUCCAUUUACUGAAAAUGAUAAAAAAGCUCCAAGUAUUAUUGCUGCUAUUAAAAAAGCUCUUGAACCUUUUGGAAUAACAGAUUUAACAAAAGUAAAUUUCGUUUCAGACCGAGGUGCAAACUUCGUGAAAGCACUUAAACCAUAUUCAACAACGAACUGUGUUGCACACAGAUUAAAUAAUAUUGUCAAAGUCGGUUUUUAUCAAACAAAAAAAAAACGUAAAAAUAAUAAAAUUGAUUCACCUGAAAUAUUUGAAAUAAUAUGUUCGUCCGAUUCUGAAAAUGAUACUGAUUGUAGUGGAGAUGAAGAUCGUGAAAGUAGUGAAACAAAUGAUAAACAUCUUGGUGAUAAUAAAAGUGUUCGACGUGCAACAUCAUCGUGUAUUCUUGAUUAUUCUACGAUUAAAUUAUCUGAAAUUCCACCAAGUGCACUAAAUAUUCUUAAAACAAUUGUGUCGUGUAAAUUAGUGAAUGGACUAAAUAAAUUAAUUCAAGAUCAUGGUGGUUUAGCUAUUGUACAAUCAACAAUUGUACGAUGGAUAUCAUUAAUUUCACUUCUUGAAUCAAUAAAACAAUCAUAUAAACAACCAUUCAAACAAGUCUUGGUUAUCAUUCAAAAAGGAAAAGCACCUUCUCUUCAUUUAGUUACAAUUGUUAUUUUAACACUUCGUCAAGCAUUAGAGUCAUAUUCAUCGUUGAUUGAAUAUAAUAAAAAUUAUGAAAUUGAUCAAUCAAGUGAAGAUUUAAGUGAAAAUGAAGAUGAAUAUGUUGAAGAAGAAGAAGGAAUGCAUUUUUUUCGAUUACGUAUUCAUCAUUUACUUUAUUCUAUGUUUAAAUUAGAACCUAUUCAUUUAGCAGCUACACUUUUACAUCCUCGAUAUAGAUUGUUAAAGAAAUGUUCCUUAUAUGAAGUGCGAGAAUGUCAUUUAUAUAUUCGACAACGUAUGGCACAAAUUAAAUCGAUGAAAACAAACAAAUCAACAUCUGAUAUUUCAGAAAAACAUUCCUCAACAGUUAAUAAUGAAACAUUAAAUGAACCAGUAAAGAAAAAACCAAAACGAUUUGGAGAAGAUUUUGAAACUGGAAACGUUAGUGAUGAAUUUGAUAAUGAAUAUGACGAUGAGUUACACAAAUAUUUGGAACAACGUAUUGAUACAGAAUCAAUUGAUGAUAAUCCAUUACCAUUUUGGUAUCAAAAUCGAUUGACUUAUCCUAUUUUAUCUCAGUUAGCACGUUCAAUUUAUUCCAUUCCAGCUAGUACCGCUAAUGUGGAACGUACAUUUAGUGGAAGUGGAAUGAUGAUUAACUCAAGACGUACUAGAUUAAAUCCUGAACAAAUCAACAACGCCAUGUUUUUACGUUCAGUAAAAAAAAAUGAGUAA